CCAUGGCUCAGGUUUUACUUACACUCCCUCCUCGACCCCAGACACAACAUGAUGUCAUGUGUUAGUAUGGGCUCAGCUUCACAGGUUGUUUCGCUCGUUUGACGUUGCCUAAGAUUUUUAUUUAUUUUUUUUUUUUAUUUUUUGUAAAUUCAGUUAUAAUAUUUUUUGGUGCCUGUCUUGAACUUGAUUGGCAAACGGAAGCAGGAGGAAGCAUCGCUUUGGAUCCUGACUUCAGUGGAUGCAGUGAGAAGAAGAGGGUUUUCGAUUUAAGCAGAAGACGUCCUGAAAUAAAAUAGUGACUCCUAAGGGAGGGAGGUGUGGGGGAGAAAAUCCCUGGAGAAGUUUGGUGUCAACUGGGAUCAACGGAAGAAAUCGACCUCUUAGACACGACUGAGUAAAGACCAGAAAAGAGACCAUGCUCGGCGGUGAAGCUGACAGCAGCACCUUCUCUUCUACGAAGGAAGCAGCGGAUGAGAGACGCAAGUCUCCAGCUGUGGACGGGGAUGACCCGACCACUCGCAGCAGGUACACGGAGCACGGGUUGGGUGCUGACCGGUACGCUCCGACAGUUCCCAAACAAUGCCCAGAGACAUCGAAUCCCUGUUCUUUUAUCCCUUACACCCCCAGCGGGACGGUUUACACGCCGUCCAGCGCUGGCAGGUACCCCUCAUCUCUCCACUUAGGCUCCGUGUUGCCUCCCGCGGGGUUUUCUCCCACCACAGCCGGUCGCAGUCACUUCAGCUCGACUUACCACCUCGGACAGAGCCCCGGCUGCAUCUACCCGCCCUACACCGGCUCAGGUUCCGCUCUCAGCAGUAUGACUCUUCCUACCGCCGAUCCGGGGAUGAGGGCCCAGGUCUACCUCUGCAACCGGCCGCUGUGGCUCAAGUUCCACCGGCACCAGACCGAGAUGAUCAUCACCAAGCAGGGCAGACGGAUGUUCCCGUUUCUCAGUUUUAACAUUGCUGGUCUCAGCCUGACAGCGCACUACAACGUCUUUGUGGAGGUGGUGCUGGCGGAUCCAAACCACUGGAGGUUUCAAGGAGGCAAGUGGGUUACCUGUGGGAAGGCGGACAGCAGCAGCCAAGGGAACAAAGUGUAUAUCCAUCCAGAGUCUCCAAACACAGGGGCCCACUGGAUGAGACAAGAAAUCUCCUUCAGCAAACUGAAACUCACCAACAACAAAGGAACCAGCCACAGUACUUCUCAGAUGAUUGUCCUGCAGUCGCUGCAUAAGUACCAGCCAAGGCUGCACAUCGUGGAGGUGACGGAGGACGGAGUGGAGGACAUUAACAGUGACAAGACUCAGAGCUUCACUUUUCCAGAGACCCAGUUUAUUGCUGUCACUGCCUACCAGAACACUGAUAUCACACAGCUGAAAAUUGAUCACAACCCCUUCGCCAAAGGAUUCAGAGAUAAUUAUGAUUCGAUGUACACAGCUCCAGAGAAUGACCGCCUCACCCCAUCUCCAACCGACUCUCCACGUGCCCACCAGAUUGUCCCUGGCGCCCGCUACACCAUGCAGCCCCUCUUCCAGGACCAAUUUGUCAACAACCCUCCCCAGAGUCGCUUCUACAACAGUGAGAGAGCUGUACCACAGACUAGCAGCCUCCUCUCACCUCAGAUCGAAGACGGAGCUUCGCAGAGGUGGUUUGUCACCUCUAUGCAGCAAGGGGGAAACAGCACUAGCACCAGCAACAAGCUAGAUCUCACACCUUAUGAGGGUGAAUACUCAAGCUCUCUGCUUCCUUAUGGUAUCAAAUCCCUGUCCAUGCAAACAUCCCACGCUCUCAGCUACUACCCAGACUCUCCUUUCACCACCAUGUCUGCAGGGUGGGGGCCCAGAGCAGCAUACCAGAGAAAGGUCACUCCGAGUCUGCCUUGGUCACCCAGACCCAGUCCCAGUGCUGGUUUCCCAGAGGACUCAGAUAAAGUUAAACCACAGAUAGAGGAGGAGGUGAAUGGCAGUGGAGGCCUGAUCUCCUCGUGGACAGAGACACAGACAUCAGCUCUUUCCCUUGACAAGGCUGAUUCUUAUUCCACUGCCUGCAAACGAAGGCGUUUGUCUCUUAGUGGUCCAAGCACAGAGGACUCACCCGCUGACAUCAAGUGUGAGGACUUGGUCUCAGCUGCCACCAACAGUACCGCCUAUAGCAAGGAAACCCCCUCAUCCAAAGGCAUGGCAGCGUACUACUCCUUUUACACAAACCCUUGAAUGAUUUGUCUCUGAAAAAAAAGGCCUUAUGUUGUCAUUUUGGUUGUUCUUCGUCUGCCACCGUUAACAAAAAAACUAUUAUUUUGCUUUUAAUGGUAUGUACAUACCCAGAAUUUGCUUUGGUGGUGCAAAUGUUUUUUUCUUCUGUGGUGACACAGGAAAUAUCAAGAACACAUUAUAAUAAUGAGACUGAGAGUCACGAGAUGUACCCCACAAUAAGCAAUGCCACGUUGAGAUAUGGGCUUGUUUUGUCUUUCUAAAGUCUGUCUGUUUUCCUGGACUAUAUAUUUCUUCAAAAUCCCAUUCAUGUAACUCUGUAUUUGCAAUUCUGAAAGCGCCAAAGCAUUUGUUGCCCCAUUUUUGAAAAACAAACAAACAAACAAACAAACAAACAAACAAACAAACAACAAAACAACAGCAUUAUGUAUGUUCCAUUGUUGCAUACAUUACUGUAUCUGGCUUUACACUUAGAUUAUGUGUUUACAGAUUAUUUAUUGAAGGCCUGCUGAUAUGAAAUUUGUGCACUCUUAAAUGUGAGAAUACUAUGCUGUAUAUACCUUCAUUGCAAUGUUCAGAUAUUUGAUAAUAAAAGGCAUAUGUGUU